CACGUAGUGUGGUUUUGUCACCGAGUGUGGACCCUCAGUCCCGGUGCACGGGCUGCGUGUUUGGCACUUGCUACGGGGCCGAGCAACAGUGUAGGGACGUGUGGGCCCUGCGUCUGCCCUGGCUUACAGGGGUGAGGGCUUGCAUGGCACCGGGCGGGCUGCCUCAGACGGGCUCCCUUGCGGCCCCCGUCCCUCCAGUGAGUAUCGCAGGAGGACACGGGAGUCGUAGGGAAGUACCAGUAACGACAGAGGACGGGACGGCUCAAGCAGCCGGCUGUCUACUCUGGAGAAGCUGGGGGAAACGUGGGUAAACGGGGGCCUGCGAGCUGUCGGCGGCCAGACGUGGGAGACAGAGCCCGGCUGUCCCUCGCAGGGCUGAGGCCAGCCAGCCGCCACGGACGAGGGGACAACGCGCGGGGUACCCGUCAACGGCUGGCAUUGCCCACACGGGCCACCGCGUGGAAGAAUCUUGAAAGCGCUGUGAGAGAAGCCAGACACAGAAGGAUAAGUGGCAAACAACUCCAUCCGCAGGGACUGUCCCCGCAGGCAAAUCCGCGGUGAUGGGAAGCAGCCCGGGGCCGGGUGAGGCCUGAGGGACGCGGGGUUUCUCUCGGGCACCAGGAAGAUGUGCUGAAGCGCACGGCGGGGAAGGGUCCACAUCUCUGGGGACCCACUGGCAGCCGCGGCUCCCGACGCUUCAGAGGGCUCGGUUGCACGGCACCCGCACUGCAUCUCGGUGAGGCUGUUACCGGAAGCGAGGGGCUGAGACGCGAUCGGCCCUUGUCGGGGUCCACUCCGGACAGAGCCGGCGUCGGCCGGAACAGCUCGGGGCAGCCCAGGUCGCCCCGUCGGGGCGUCAGCGUCUGCGGCCGUCUGGGACAGCGUGCGGGGCAGACGCCGCCCGGCGGCCCACGGAGGUACCGCGCUGACUUUCCACCCCGUGUCCCCAGACUUCGCGGACCUUCCUCAGGGCCACACAGGCCCUUGCUGCCGGCCCUGGCGCGGGGACCCGACUCCCGGCCGGCCUGUCCCGACCCCCGCACGGUGCCACACGUCCGCGGCCGGGGGAUCGGGUUCGCAGGGCUGUGUGUCGGGGGGGGGAGCUGGGACACCUUCGAAGAUACGAGGUUCCUCCCCGGGGCUCCGUCCCCGGGGCUUCUACAUGCAGGGACCCUCUGGGUUCUCUGGGUUCUGCUUCAGCAUCUGCGCUGUGGCGGUAAUGACGCUUGGGUGGCCGGCAGCCUUGAGGGAAGCAGACGGCUUUCACGGCCUGGAAACCGGUGACGUGGACGUCGUGGGAGGCCUGGAAACCGUAGAGGUGGACGUCGUGGGAGGUCUGGAAACCGAUGAGGUGGACAUGGAGGGAAGCCUGGAAACCGUUGAGGUGUACGUCGUGGGAGGCCUGGAAACCGUUGAGGUGUACGUCGUGGGAGGCCUGGAAACCGAUGAGGUGGACGUCGAGGGAGACCUGGAAACCGAUGAGGUAGACGUUGUGGGAGGCCUGGAAACCGUUGAGGUGGACGUCGACGGAGACCUGGAAACCGUUGAGGUGGACGUGGAGGGAAGCCUGGAAACCGUUGAGGUGGACGUCGUGGGAGGCCUGGAAACCGUUGAGGUGGAUGUUGUGGGAGACCUGGACACCUCUGACGUGGACCCCCAGGGAGGCCUGGAAACCGGUGAGGUGGACGUCGUGGGAGCCCUGGAAACCGUUGAGGUGGACGUUGUGGGAGGCCUGGAAACCGUAGAGGUGGAUGUCGUGGGAGGCCUGGAAACCGAUGAGGUAGACGUUGUGGGAGGCCUGGAAACCGUUGAGGUGGACGUGGAGAGAAGCCUGGAAACCGUUGAGGUGGACGUCGACGGAGACCUGGAAACCGUUGAGGUGGACGUUGUGGGAGGACUGGAAACCAUUGAGGUGGAUGUUGUGGGAGGCCUGGACACCUCUGACGUGGACCCCCAGGGAGGCCUGGAAACCGGUGAGGUGGACGUCGUGGGAGGCCGUGAAGCCCGCCCCAGUGCAGGCGGGACCGUCACUCCAUGGGACGGGCAGCUAGCGAGCCGCCCUGGCCUGGGCAGGCGCACACACACCCGGGCCCGCCCGGACCUGUGGAGCUGA